UGGGCUGUACGGUUUGACAUUUGUGCAUGUGCCAAACUAAAAAACAAGGAACUGUUACUUUCUAACCUCGCGUGUUUGGUGUAGUCCAACCCUAUGUGCAGUGCACGUGUGCAGUGGGCGUGAUUUAAACUGAUGUGACGUCACUCUUACGAACCGUAUUCUACCUGAUUUUGAAUGUUCUACAAGCAAGGCGUUCGAGAACAAGCCACCCGAACUCAGCCACUGCGCCCACACGUCGUACCCGGUACCAAGCACCAGCAACAUGUUUUGCAUGGACGUAAAUGACCACGAGAGGGCGCUACAUUUUUAGGCAGACGACGUGCGCGCGAUCGCGACGACUACGUGUCGCUGUGCAAAUUGUGGGAGAAAGUGGGUGAAUGGCAAAUUAGCAAAGUGGAAAAUGGGCGAAGUGCUAAUUGGGCGAAGAGGCAACUGGGCAAAGUGGGCAUCGUGGAUGGAAUGAAAAAGGGGCCAAAUAGUGCGUGCGCUCUCCAACUCUAUUUUGUGCGCUCCUUACUGGAUCGACUCAUCUGUUUCGUCACGAAUUGUCGAAUAUUAACGUUCUAAGAUUUCAUCAGUCAUUUCAGGACAGGCCUACGAACUUGAGUUCAUCAAAUUCUAAUUGCAUGCCAAGUCAGGGUGCCGUCAUGAUUGAAGUCAGCGCACACUUGACCCGAGGGCUGACCUUCCUGGCUGGAGAAAUUGUGGAAUGCAGUAUCGCAUUCACCUGCCCCUCUAAUGCCACCAGCAGCCUGGAAUCUCUGGCCUGGGCCAGUGCCCAGCUCCACUGUCAGUGUCACAUCAGCAGCUCCAAAGUCAUUCUGCCCAAGAUGCCAGCGGACGAGAAGUCCGAAGAGCUGGAGAUGCUGCAGAGCUCGGUCAAUACAAGCCUCGCUCCCAGCAGAGGAGAAAAGGGCCAGUGUAUCCUCUCAACAGAACCAAAGAUUCUUUUCUGCGAUCUGAAGCUGAAACCUGGUGAAAGGAAAACAUUCCUGUAUCGUGAGACGAUUCCUAGCGAUGCGCCACCGUCCUACAGAGGUCAAGCAGUCAAGUAUUCCUACAAGGUCACCAUAGGCAUGCAGCGGGUCAACUGCCCCAUCAGACUGCUGCGGGUGCCCUUCAGGGUUCUGGUUUUGUACGGUCUUGGAGACACCAGUCUACAGGAACAGGAGGACCAGGCCGCUUCCAGCAACCCCUUCCUUGCUGAAGAGAGGACCAAGAAUUCUCUGCUUGAUCUUGCCGUCCAGGUUUUGAACACAGUCACUUCAAGGAAAAACCCAAGAGAUUCUUACAACAUCAAAAAUUCGGAGGGCCCCGUGGCACGGUUCUGCCUCUUCAAACCUGCUUACAAGCUGGGAGAAGACAUCAUAGGGACCAUAGAGUUUCCAGCAAGCUGCACGGUGCCAUGCAUACAGUAUUCUGUGGUCCUUCAGUCGGAGGAACACAUAGCUGAGGAGUGUCGUCGCAAGCCCCAUCAGGGUGUCUCUAUGUCCUCCCACGGCCGGCACCAAGAGUUCUGCCUUCACAUGAGCAAAUCACACAUGGUCCUGCCCAUUCCACUUCAUGUCACUCCGGGGUUCAUCACGGACAUAGUUUGCCUGAAAUGGAGGCUCCACUUUGAAUUCAUCACCGCCAAGGAACCGCUGCCUGAUCAUGUGAUACCGGCCGACCAAUCAGAGAGCGCCCUGUGGCAGGGACCCCAGAGCCUGAAUGUUGACACACUGGUCUGGAACCUCCCAAUCAAGAUUCUGCCCACUAACCCCCUGCACGCCUCCACCAGCACGACGCUACUGACGAAGACCCCCACAGCUGUCACAGUCUGAACGGCCUAAGCAUGGACGAGCUGUACACCUGACAACAUUGGCCAUUGUUGGACACGGCCAAGCUGGCCAUAAACAGACUCUUGCAGGAGCUCGAGGUCUGAUGCCAUGUUUCCUUCUCCUACAGUUUUUUUUACAAAUAUCUACCUUGUCUCCAUCUCAGGCUUCAUCUCUCAUAUCGAAAGUUCUGGCUCAAGCUAAAUGAAGCUACUUCCCAUUAGCAUAAAGUUUGAUGCCUCAUUUGCAAACCAUGAGUUUUUUGGAGUUCUAAAAAAACAUUGAAGGGGUACAAAUCAGGUUUAUUUAACUUGAGAUAGACACGCAUGCAAGAUUUCAAAACCUUCAUACUGUAAAGGCUUUGCAUGGCAGCCAUCUUGCAGGGCAGUUCUUUUGCGCCACAGGGACACCUCCUUUGUACGUUCCCUGUGGAAGAAGAGCACUGGCCUGCAAGAUGGCAGCCAUGCAAAUCCUCUAUUCAGGACAGUUUGAGGGAAUCGUUAGGUUCAUGCCUGCGUGGAGUGUGCAUGUGUAAUUUUCAGCUGAAUGAGUACAUUUUUAUAAUGUCUGUAUGUGAGGGGAAUGCACCCGACCAUGGAACCAAGUUCCCGGCAGCAACAGUAAUGCUUUUGUUGGAGUACACUGCGUGGAUGGAGUUGAUUCAUGACAGUAAUUCUUUUUCUCCUGUGAUAGAUGUACUGUACUGUACUGUACAACUCUCUAGGAUUAUGCCGUUUUGUGUAUAGCUCUCUAAUGAAAUGGAGGUUACUUCCCGAGGGGAUGAGAUUUGAAAUGUUUCACAAGUCUGUGUCAUAACUGUGGCAUAAUGAUGAAAUGAAAUCUUUUUUUAGAUAGAGCCAUCGUGGGAUUGGAGGGCAGCCAUGAUUGAGGAACAUGGACCUAUUUACCGUUUUCUUUAGAAUGUCGCCAUAGUUCCUGUGAGGACUUGCAAGAGCUUGGUGCAUCAUAAAUAGAGAUUCUAGUUUCUGUGACCGACUACCAGAAUUAGGAAGGUAGUCCAACUUCAGUCCUUUGUAACAAUUUCAAUGGUUUCAAUUCCCUAUGAAGUAAUUUGCAAUGGAGGUUAUGCCUUGCUGGCGUCACCAUGGUGUCUCCAAGGCUGUUUUUGUUAUUUUAAUUUAGUGACUACAAAUGCACAAGAGGUUUACUCAGGUCUAUCUCUUUGCCCUCUGAGGAGGCAUCAACGCAUGACCUCUGUUAUUUAUCCAGAACAUUGUAUAUGUAUUGGUCACUGCAUGUGUGCUGCUAAAGUCAAGGAGAAGUAAGAAACCACACACUUAGAGCUUUAACACAAGCAAGCUAAACAGCAUUUUAUUAAACACUUGCAUAUUUUUAUACCACAUGCUUCAUAUUAACGUAAAUUAUUUGUACAAAUAAAACAUUUAAAUCCAUUUAUAAAACA